GGUCUCUUCCCCCUCCUCCUCCUCCUCCAGCCCCUACGUCGUUCCUCUUGUUCAGUCAGAAGUCAGCCAUUAACCGGAUGGUGAUGGAUGAGCAUCAGUCUCCUGACAUCAUCCUUCCCAUUCACAGUCUGAGGAAUGUCAGGGCUAUAGACUACGACCCCCUGGAUAAACAACUGUACUGGAUCGACUCCAAACAGAACGCGAUCCGCAGAGCGCAGGAGAACGGGAACAUGAGUAUGACGGUGGUGUGGAGCCAAGUGGGCGGUCCUAACCUGGGCCUCCAGCCGUUUGACCUGAGCAUCGACAUCUACAGCCGCUUCAUCUACUGGACCAGCGAGGUCACUAAUGUCAUUAACGUGACGAGGACAGACGGCAGCCGGGUGGGAGUGGUGCUGAGAGGAGAACACGACAGACCCAGAGCCAUCGUGGUCAACCCAGAGCGAGGGUACAUGUACUUUACCAACCUGCAGGAGCGCAGUCCUAAGAUAGAACGAGCAGCGCUCGACGGGACAGAGAGAGAGGUGUUGUUCUUCAGUGGCCUGGGGAAGCCCGUUGCCCUGGCCAUAGACAAUGAGGUCGGCAAGCUGUUCUGGGUCGACUCAGACCUCCGACGCAUCGAGAGCAGUGACCUAUCAGGUGCCUACCAACCUCAUGUCAGCCAAUCACUGAUCUGCCUGGCCGAGUUCAUAGCCAAUCACUGCUCCGAGCCAAAUGUCAGCCAAUCACUGGAUCUGCCUGGCCGAGGAGCCAAAUGUCAGCCAAUCACUGAUCUGCCUGGCGAGGUCAUAGCCAAUCACUGCUCCGCCUCUUCACUUCCUGACCCUUUCACCCCUCCUCCAGGAGCCAAAUGUCAGCCAAUCACUGAUCUGCCUGGCCGAGCUAGACAUGAGACAGAUAGUAUUCUGACCUCUGACCCCUCUACUCAGCAGCUAGACAUGAGA